AAACAAAAAAGAAAAAAUCCCUAUAUCUAAUCUAAAUCAUGCAGAAAUAAAUAGGAAAUAAAUAAUUAUUUUGCUGGUCCCCCAGAUCCCUUGCUUAUCAUCUAAAAUUCAAUAUUUUGCCUAUAAAUAAACUUCGAAGUGGUUAUAAAAAAAAUAAUCAUUAAUCAGUGGAUGGUGGAUAUAGGUCCUGUAAAACUUAUCUAAGGAUGUGCUGCAAGCAAAAAUAGUUCAAAUCUAGGACGGGACGAGGUGUUUUCAUUAAAGUAUAGAUUAGUAGCUCUAGUGGUGAUAAUGUUUCGAAACAUUGUGUUUAUUCCAUCAAAAAGGAUCUGGUGAUAUCUAAAAGUGGAAACUGAUGGUAUUGUUCAAAAAACUCUUAUAUUUGCUUGAGUAUUUGCUCCUAAUAUAAAAAGAUGCCCACUUUAAUUGGAGUUUCUGAAUUUGUUGAUGAAACCCGAGAUGACUAUAAUUCGCCAAUUACAUCAACAUUUGUAUCACGGAUGCAACAAUGUAGAAAUACUAUUACAACACUAGAAGAGACUCUUGAUUAUGACAGAGAUGGGUUGAAUAAAAUGAAAAAGGCCGUUAAGGCCAUCCAUACCUCUGGAAUAUUGCAUGUAGAUAAUGAGUCUUGUCUAGUCAAGGCUUUGGAAAAAAUAGGUCAAAAUGCCAUCACAAAAGAACAUGAAGAGACAAUCGGCAAUGCAUUCAUAAAAUUUGCAGUAGUUACUCAAGAACUAUCGGCGCUUAUGAAAACUCUUAUGCAAAACCUCAGCAAUAUCGUAAUGUUCCCCCUUGAUAGUUUGCUGAAAGGGGACCUAAGAGGCAUUAAGGGUGAUUUGAAAAGGCCGUUUGAUAAAGCAUGGAAGGACUAUGAAAGCAAAUAUGCUAAAAUUGAAAAAGAAAAGAAACAGCAAGCAAAAGAUGUUGGACUAAUUCGAUCUGAAAUUACAGCAGCUGAAAUUGCUGAUGAAAUGGAAAAGGAGCGAAGACUUUUUCAACUGCAAAUGUGCGAGUACCUCAUCAAAUACAAUGAAAUCAAAACAAAGAAGGGGAUUGAUUUAUUGCAAAGUUUGGUGGAAUAUUAUCAUGCUCAAACAAAUUACUUUCAAGAUGGAUUAAAAACAAUAGAACAUUUUGGCAAUUAUGUAGCAGAUCUCAGCAUAAAGCUACAAAAGAUUAAGCAAGCCCAAGAUGAAGAAAAACGAAAACUGACUGAUUUACGAAAUUUGAUAAAAUCUACUCCUAAUCUGGAUAAAGGCGAUUGUUCCCAGGACAAAGGUGCCGCAGGAUAUUCUCUACAUCAAUUACAGGGAGACAAACAUCAUGGAGUUACCAGGACUGGCCAUUUGUUGAAAAAAUCUGAAGGAAAAAUGAGACGGGUUUGGCAAAAAAGAAAAUGUCGAGUUCAGGCCGAAGGUUACCUAGACAUAUGUCAUGCAGACGAAAGCAAACCUCCAACCAGAGUGAAUUUGCUGACUUGUCAAAUCAAAAUAGUUCCUGAUGAUAAAAGAGGUUUUGAUUUAAUAUCAUAUAACAGAACUUAUCAUUUUCAAGCCGAGGAUGAAGCUGAUCAAAGGGCUUGGAUGUCAGUAUUAAUAAAUUGCAAAGAAAUGGCUCUCAUGAAAGCUUUUGAUGAUAGUAGCAAAACUGGCGGAGAUAAAGUGAAUAGUUUCAUUGAAUUUCAACAAGCUAUUAUCAAGUAUAUUCAAAAAAUACCUGGAAAUGAUAGAUGUUGUGAUUGCAAUUCUCAGAAUGAUGCUACAUGGCUCUCAACAAAUUUUGGCAUAAUAGUGUGCAUAGAAUGCUCCGGUAUACACAGGGAUUUAGGAGUACAUAUAUCUCGAAUACAAUCUUUAACAUUAGAUAAUGUUGGAACUAGUCAGUUAGUCUUAGCUAGAUUUAUGACGAAUCAUGCUUUCAAUGAUAUUAUGGAAGCCAGGCUAUCUCCCAAUAAUAAAUUGGAACCAUCCAGCUCAAUGGAAGAAAGGCUUAACUUUAUAAGAGCAAAAUAUGUUGAGAAACGAUUUGCGAUUACAACUUGUUCUUCUGAAAGGGAGAAACUGUUUGAGCUUGAGGAAGCUGUUAAUAGGGGUGAUUUGGGGUUGCUGUUGCAGAUAUUUGCUGAAAAUGUGGAUUUGGGAGCUUGCCUACCCUCAUCGAAAAUCGGCGAGACUGCAUUACACCGAGCUAUAAUAAACGAAUCCGGCAGAACGCUACAAAUUGUCGACUUUCUGAUUCAGAAUAUGUCUAACGCAGCAUUAGACAAAACAACAAUUGCCUCUACUGAUCCUGAUAUGAGUGGAGCGGACACAGCUUUACACUUUUGUGCUAUGUAUGAUAAAACGGAGUGUAUGAAACUACUCUUACGUAGCGGCGCCGAUGCGAAUAUACGGAACUCCCACAAUAAAACACCAAUGGACAUUGCGCAGGAGUAUGGAAACCAUAGCUGUCAAGAACUGCUACAAAACGCUGCCAAUCGACUGAAAAGUUAUUUUGAUAAUAUCAACAUAGACUGGAAUCUAUCUCAUGAUGAUGGAUCAACUGAUUUUUCUGAUGAUGAAACUAUUAUUGAGGAUCGUAAUGGAUCGUUAACACCUGAAAAGAAAAACAGAUCUAGACCUCCCAGUUAUUCAGCACCUAACAUUCAUGGUAGUAUAAAGAAACGAGUAGCUCCUUUACCGCCUCCAACAACUUCUGGACAGUAUGGCACGCUUCCAAGCAAUCAUAGUAGAACACCUUCUGAUCCUAUAGCUGCAGGUUAUCAUACUAUCAACCAUACACACAGACGUUCGCCAAGUAGUGAUUCGAGCUCAGGAAGAUCUGUCAUACCAAUUGGAAGCAAACUCGUCAUGCCAGAUUGUAAAAAUAUAGACAAAACUGCACUUCUGCGAAGACCUCUGAACCCACCGCCACCUGCCCCAUUAAACAGACUCUCAAACGGCAGAUCUAAUGAAAGCAUUUCAUCAAUGACGUCUGACCUCGAUGUUUCUGGUAUAAGCCACAGUCCCAUUCCACCUCCACGCAGGGCAUCAGAUUCCCCUCCUCAAAGAGUAUCAUCUAGUCCAUUGUCAACAAUGUGUUCUCCAAGUUCACUGCUCCCAGGCCGAUUAUCUUACACAUCAAAUGGUGGUGCUGGCCUUCGAAGGUGUAAGGCUUUAUACGAUUGUGCUGCCGAUAAUGAAGACGAGUUGUCAUUUCAAGAAGGUGAAAUCAUUAUUGUUAUUAAUGAACAGACUGAUGAUGACAACUGGAUGGAAGGUGCUGUUGAAAAUGAACCUGAAAGAACUGGAAUGUUUCCUAUUAGUUUCGUGCAUAUGCUUCCUGAUUAAAAUAAAUAAUAUUAUAAAUUAUUGAUUGUGUGUAAAUACCUACAAAAGCUUAAAACUUUUUUUUAUGUGUCUAUGAUAUUAACUUGUACGCUUGUAGUAAGUUGAUGUCACUAAAAUUAUAAACGUUUAUAGAUCGAGGAUAAAUUCCUUAUAUUAUGGACAAGGAAAUUAUAUUUAAUUUCUAAGAUUGUAUUUCCUUCUAUUGUAAAAGUAACAUUACCUAGAUAUAGGUACAUAAACUUUAUUGGUCAUGCAUAUUUCCAAAGAAGUUAAAAAUGCAACCAUUUAUAAAUGACUCUAAAAGGUGAGUAAAAAAAAAUAUACUGACUGUUACCAACCUUUGAAAACAAAUGGGCUCUUUUAGUCAAUGUUUUUUAAGAUCUUUCAAUUUUUAGUGUCCUGUUCACAUGCUGCAAGUCACUUGCAAGUUGAAGAGUCUUUCUGAAAGUUUCCUUGCAAUAUGCUGUAACGUCUGGCAAUAAGUUGCAUAAACAAAAUUAAUAAUAUAAAAAUUGUAUUUACGUUUUUGUGUCCGUUUACUUUUGGUGUUUGUAUUUGUUUUUGCUUCAAUAUUUCAGAAACAACAAGAAUAAAAAAAAAAUUAAUUACUCAUUAAAAUCAAUACGGUAUUGUAAGGAGAUACUGAGGAAAAACAGAACGAUUUAUUUUAUUUUAUUUUAUUCUAUACAGGGUGUUUGGUAGAUCGAUGCAUAUAUUUUGGUAAGUGCUAAAGUAAGUCAUUUAGAACCUAUUUAGUCAAACUCACCUCUCUAUCACCACCCAAAAUAUAUGCAUCGACCAACCAAACACCCUGUAUUUUACCAGUCAAUGACUGAUCUUACAAACCACCAUGAUGCAAAAAUUCAAUUUUUUUCCCCCUAAAAAGACUUGCAGAACUACCGAACAUGCUCAAUCUCUAGACAGGUAUUGCAAGAUCUCUCACAUCCCGCAGAUAGAACUCUGUAGCAUUGCUUCUAAAUAAAAUAUACUAUACUCCUGGACAAAAUUAUCGCACCACCACUGCACAUAAGCCCCAUAAGCAGUGGUGCGAUAAUUUUGGCCAGGAGUAUAUUUGAGUCCAUUAUUAGGUUACCUUCUAAAGUUGUCCAAGGUUUCCUGGGCAAUUUUUGUGCUGUGUAAUACUAUCACAUUCGACCAUCCUGUAUAAUGCCCGAAAUACACAAAACUAAAAUUGCUUGUAUAUUACUUUCCAACUAGGUUAGUUAGAUUUUUCAAUGUGCACAUUUAGCUUUGAUUUAAUUGAAAAUUAUAACUGGUGUUAAUAUAUUAUAAUAUACAUACAUAUAAAUGGAUUUUUGCAAUUGGAUAUUUUUUGGUUGUGAAAUAAAAAUUUAAUUGCCAUAUACUAUAUAAUAUAAAGCAGAUUCCUGAAAUAUGUCGAAGUAACCAUAUAGCAAAUUGAUGUAUAUAGGGUAUAGCUAUUUUUGUAGUAAUAUUAGUUUAUAGAUUUACUGUGAAAUAUGUUUAAAACCAAAGAUAAUAGGAAAAAGUUAUUUGGCUAGUUGUUUCUUUAUUUUAAUUAACCGCUUAUUCUAAAGGAAAUUAAAUAUACUUACUAUAUA